AUGGGUGCCCUCAAGUACGUCGAAGAGCUUCAGAAGAAGAAGCAGUCGGAUGUCAUCGCCUUCCUCCUCCGAGUUCGCUGCUGGGAACUCCGUCAAUUGAACGUCAUCCACCGCGCCUCUCGCCCUACCCGUCUGGACAAGGCUCGCCGCCUCGGAUACAAGGCCAAGCAGGGCUAUGUUAUCUACCGCGUCCGUGUCCGCCGUGGUGGCCGCAAGCGCCCUGCCCCCAAGGGUGCCACCUAUGGCAAGCCCACCAACCAGGGUAUCAACCAGCUGAAGUACCAGCGAUCCCUCAAGGCCACCGCUGAGGAGCGUGUCGGCCGCCGCUGCGCCAACCUCCGAGUCCUCAACUCUUACUGGAUCAACCAGGACUCCACCUACAAGUACUACGAGGUCAUCCUCGUCGACCCCCAGCACAAGGCCAUCCGCAUCGACCCCCGCAUCAACUGGAUCGUCAACCCCGUCCACAAGCACCGUGAGGCCCGCGGCCUCACUGCUACCGGCAAGAAGUCCCGCGGCCUCAACAAGGGCCACCGCUACAACAAGACCCAGGCCGGCCGCAGAAAGACCUGGAAGCGCCACAACACCCUGUCCCUGUGGCGAUACCGAUAA